GCGAGGCCGCGCGCAGGCGGGUCCCGCGCUGCCCCGCGGGAGGGGCCGAGCCCGUGUUCCUCCUCCCUACCGGUCCCCAUCCUUAAAGCACGAGUCCGGACGCCCCGCCUGUUGGAGACGGCGCCUGGACCUGGACAGCGAGCAGCCGGGGCGGGCCAGGGCCGACUGAGGAGGGCCUGAGGCAGCGGACCCGCCGCGGCUGGCACACGAGCCUCUCGGCCCCGACUGAGUGGUUGCGGGAGCUGCGAGGGAAGGGGUCGCGGGCGCCAUUGCUGCCCGUCAGAACGCCGCAGGGUCCCCGUCAGGCCUCGGCUGCUCUCCCCCGGCUGGGAGGAGCCGUCGCCAGUCCCCGGCCCGGUCUCGUGAAUCGGGUGCCUAGUCUGCCGCCCGCGCCGAGACCAUGUUUGACAAGACGCGACUGCCGUACGUGGCCCUCGAUGUGCUCUGCGUGUUGCUGGCUGGAUUGCCUUUUGCAAUUCUUACUUCAAGGCAUACCCCUUUCCAACGAGGAUUAUUCUGUAAUGAUGAGUCCAUCAAGUACCCUUACAAAGAAGACACCAUACCUUAUCCGUUAUUAGGUGGAAUAAUCAUUCCAUUCAGUAUUAUCGUUAUGAUUGUUGGAGAAACCCUAUCUGUUUACUUUAACCUCUUGCACUCGAAUUCCUUUAUCAGGAAUAACUACAUAGCCACUAUUUACAAAGCCAUUGGAACAUUUUUAUUUGGUGCAGCUGCUAGUCAGUCCCUGACUGAUAUUGCCAAGUAUUCGAUAGGCAGACUGCGGCCUCACUUCUUGGAUGUUUGUGACCCAGACUGGUCAAAAAUCAACUGCAGUGAUGGCUACAUUGAAAACUUCAUAUGUCAAGGGAAUCCACAAAAAGUGAAGGAGGGCAGAUUGUCCUUUUACUCGGGCCACUCUUCGUUCUCCAUGUACUGCAUGAUGUUCGUGGCACUUUAUCUUCAAGCCAGGAUGAAGGGAGACUGGGCAAGACUCUUACGCCCUACACUGCAAUUUGGUCUUGUUGCCGCAUCCAUUUAUGUGGGCCUUUCUCGAAUUUCUGAUUACAAACACCACUGGAGUGAUGUGUUGACUGGACUCAUUCAAGGAGCUCUGGCUGCAAUAUUAGUUGCUGUAUAUGUAUCAGAUUUCUUCAAGGAGAGAAAUUCUCCUUUUAAAGAAAGAAAAGAGGAGGACUCUCAUACAACUCUGCAUGAAACACCAACGACAGGGAAUCACUAUCGGAACAGUCACCAACCUUGAAGGUGGCAGAGUACCCAGAUGAAGCUGGCCUGCUCUCUAAAGGAAAAUGAUUGCAACCAGAAGGCAAGAGGAUGCGUCCUUCUUCCCAGUAUACAAGCCUUUAAGGGGACUGCUGCUACUGUACCUCUUGGAUGCCCACUUUACCUGUGUGUAUAUAGUUACAUUUAACACAAUGGUUAUCUAAUAGCUCUAAGUUCAUUACAAAAAAUUUCAAGCCUUUCACUAAAACAAAUGCCCCACCUGUACAUUUUUUUAUUAAAAAAAUGUAAUGCUUAUGUA